CGCCCUGCCCGGCCCGGCCCGGCCCCGGCGCCCUCCGCUCCGGCCCCUGCAGGGCCCCCCCGGCGCGGGGGGCCGCGCACGGGUGUCCCCCAUGGCGGCGCCGCUGAAGAAAGGCCCCGGCGGGCUGAUCGGGCUGAUGAAGGACGCGUUCCAGCCUCACCACCACCACCUCGGGCCGCACCAGCCCGGCGCCGUGGACAAGAAGAUGGUGGAGAAGUGCUGGAAGCUCAUGGAUAAGGUGGUGCGUCUGUGUCAGAACCCCAAGCUGGCCCUGAAGAACAGCCCACCCUACAUCCUGGACCUGCUGCCUGACACCUACCAGCACCUGAGGACCAUCCUGUCCCGCUACGAGGGCAAGAUGGAGACGCUGGGGGAGAACGAGUAUUUCCGGGUGUUCAUGGAGAACCUGAUGAAGAAAACCAAGCAGACCAUCAGCCUCUUCAAGGAAGGGAAGGAAAGGAUGUAUGAGGAGAACUCCCAGCCUAGGCGGAACCUGACGAAGCUGUCCCUGAUAUUCAGCCACAUGCUGGCAGAACUCAAAGGCAUCUUCCCAAGUGGCCUCUUCCAGGGAGACACGUUCCGGAUCACCAAGGCAGACGCUGCGGAAUUCUGGAGGAAGGCUUUCGGGGAAAAGACCAUCGUUCCCUGGAAGAGCUUCCGCCAGGCCUUGCACGAGGUGCAUCCCAUCAGCUCCGGGCUGGAAGCCAUGGCCCUCAAGUCAACCAUUGACCUGACCUGCAAUGACUACAUUUCAGUGUUUGAGUUUGAUAUCUUCACACGACUUUUCCAGCCAUGGUCGUCCUUGCUCAGGAACUGGAACAGCCUGGCAGUGACUCACCCUGGUUAUAUGGCAUUCCUGACCUAUGACGAGGUGAAGGCCAGGCUGCAGAAAUUCAUUCACAAACCUGGCAGUUACAUUUUCCGCCUGAGCUGCACCCGCCUGGGGCAGUGGGCCAUUGGCUACGUCACUGCAGAUGGGAACAUCCUUCAGACCAUCCCCCACAACAAACCCCUGUUCCAGGCACUGAUCGAUGGCUUCAGGGAAGGCUUUUAUUUAUUUCCUGAUGGCCGGAAUCAGAAUCCUGACUUGACUGGCUUGUGUGAGCCCACACCUCAGGACCACAUUAAAGUUACACAGGAACAAUAUGAGCUGUACUGUGAGAUGGGCUCCACGUUCCAGCUGUGUAAAAUCUGUGCUGAGAACGACAAGGACGUGAAGAUUGAACCUUGUGGCCACCUGAUGUGCACGUCCUGCCUCACAGCGUGGCAGGAAUCAGAGGGCCAGGGCUGUCCUUUCUGCCGCUGCGAGAUCAAGGGCACCGAGCCCAUCGUGGUGGAUCCCUUCGACCCCCGAGGAGGAGGAGGAUUGUCCCGGCAAGGGGCAGAAGGAACUCCCUCCCCCAGUUACGACGAUGACGAGGAUGACAAGGCUGAUGAUUCCCUCUUCAUGAUGAAAGAACUCGCUGGUAGCAAAGUGGAGCGUCCUCCCUCUCCCUUCUCCGUGGCUCCACAGGCUGCCCUUCCUCCCGUGCCACCACGACUGGAUCUCCUGCAGCAGCGAGUGUCCAACCCCCCCGGGGCCUCCAGUCCUGGCACCACUUCCAAGGCCGGCCCUGGCGCUCUCCACAAGGACAAACCUCUGCCGAUCCCCCCCACGCUGCGGGACCUCCCUCCGCCACCGCCGCCGGACAGGCCGCAUCCCAUGGGGAGCGAGGGGCGCCCUCAGAGGCGGCCCCUGCCCUGCACCCCGGGGGACAAGCCCCCCCCGGUGCCCUCCAACCGGCAGGGGGACCUGUGGCCGUCCAGGCCCAUCCCCAAAGCCCCCCCUGUGGCUGUGAGCCCCGGGGACCCCUGGGCUGGCAGGGAACUGUCCAACAGGCACUCGCUUCCCUUCUCCCUGCCCUCCCAGGCGGACUCCAGGGCUGACAGCCACCGGCUCGGGAGCACCCUCAGCCUGGACAACCCAGGGAGCUCCAGCAGUGGUCCAGUAGCAACCUCAGAGUGUGAACACCCCAAAAUUAAACCCUCCUCGUCUGCCAAUGCCAUCUACUCCUUAGCUGUCAGACCACUGCCUGUACCAAAACUGCCUCCUGGGGAGCAGUCUGAGAGCGAUGAGGACACUGAAUACAUGUCACCAUCCUCCCUCCCUGUGGUGCCUCCAGGUUCUGCUGUACAAAAACCAGAGAUCAAAAUGCCUUUGGAAGUGACUCAGAGUUUACGAGUUUUGGACUGUGAGCAGCAGCCAGAGGGCUCCAUGUAUGAAGCAAUGUACAACAUUCACUCCCAAGCAGCAUCCUCUGCUUUCGAGCCUGUCAACGCUUCUGAUGAAGGGGAUCUGGCAGCAGCCACCACCAGCAACGGCCCUGAAGAGUCAGAGAAUGAAGAGGAUGGUUAUGACGUCCCCAAACCGCCCCUCCCAGUUGCCAUUGCUCGUCGCACACUGUCCGAUAUCUCCAAUGCCACUCCUGCCUUCAGCCGAAUGUCCUUGGAAAACGACCCUGGGACAGGAUUUUCAGAUGGCUCCCAAGUUCCAGAGAGGCCGCCAAAGCCGCUGCCCCGGCGGAUAAAUUCCGAGCGGAAAGCCGGGAGCUGCCAAGCAGGAGGAGCCAGCAGUGGGGCCAGCUCAUCCCUGCAGCUCUCCAGCGAGAUCGAGAACCUCAUGAGCCAAGGCUACUCAUAUCAGGACAUUCAGAAAGCCCUGCUCAUUGCACAUAACAAUAUUGAGAUGGCCAAGAAUAUUCUCCGGGAGUUCGUCUCCAUUUCCUCCCCCGCUCACGUGGCCACAUAGCACAGGACACCUCCACACCUACAGCUUCUGUGGACCAACUGCCUGGGCAGCUGUGGCCCAGCUGUGCACCAAAGGGGAAGGGGGUUCCUUUAGAGACUUCGUGCUGAGGUCAGUCCUGCCUCUCAAAGAGAAUCAGUUGUCAGGUUUUUUGUGGUUCCAGAUUUCAAAGCAGAGGAAUGAACCGGAGCAGAGUGGUGUUUUAUACGGUGUAUGUCUUGGAGUCCUUUACCCCUACCUCUUGUCUGGGAGAACAGAUUUAUUUCCAGGGUGUCGGUGGAGAAAAGUGUCGUGACAAGGGACCCCCAGGCCCAUGCCCUGGAGGCCGUGGGGGAGUGUUUUGUGCUGUGAAUUUUACGUGAAUGCUCAGAGAAACAAGAGUCUCGAGGUCGGUGUGGUGUGUCCUGUGGUUCAUGGUACUAGGUUUGGAUCUGUUCGCUGCUGUGUGUCUGGCUCAGGCUUUUUAGAGCAGCUGGGAGGUCACUUUCUGCUGGGAAUAAA